GGCAGGAACCAGCCCCGGGACCCCGGGACCGGGCAGCAGCUGUGCCCCCAGCUCCCCCAUGGCGCUGCCCCCCCUGGGGGGGCUCCGGGGGCCCCGCCGGGGCAGCCUGCCCCUGCCCCCCAGGAACCAGCUGCGGCGGGAGGCAGCGGUGGAGGAGCCGGACUCGCCCCCCGAGUCGCCGGGGGGGUCGCCGGGGGGGCCCUACCGGGUGGUGCUGGCCGGCGAGAGCGGCGUGGGGAAGACGGCGCUGGCCGGCAUCUUCGGGGGGCUGCCGGACGGAGCCCCCCGCGAGGACGAGCCCGCCGCGGACACGUACGAGCGCCGCCUGUCGGUGGACGAGGAGCUCACAACCUUGAUCCUCUACGACAUCUGGGACCAGGGCGAGGCGGGCGGUUGGCUGCAGGAGUCGUGUCUGCAGACGGGCGACGCCUUCCUGCUCGUCUUCUCGGUGACUGACCGGCGCAGCUUCAGCCGCAUCCCCCAGACCCUGCUGCGCCUGCGGGAGGGGAGCCCCCACCCCGACCCCCCCGUCAUCCUGGUGGCCAACAAGAGCGACCUGGCGCGCUCCCGCGAGGUCUCGCUGGAGGAGGGCCGCAGUCUGGCCGUGAUGCUGAGCUGCAAACACAUUGAGACGUCGGCCGCGCUGCACCACAACACACGGGAGCUGUUCGAGGGGGCCGUGCGCCAGAUCCGCCUGCGCCGGCACCGGCCGGCUGGGGCCGGGGGCCCGGGCGGGCGCCGCGAGAGCCUCACCAAGAAAGCCAAGCGCUUCCUCUCCAGCCUGGUUCCACGCAACGGCCGCUUCUUCAAGCAACGCUCCAAGUCCUGCAACGACCUCUCCGUGCUGUGAACCGGCCCUUUAAGAGGCAGCCUCCCCCACCCGUCAGCGGAUCUGCUCCCGGGCGGAGACUCCCACAAUCCCCUUGGCUUCGCGCUUCCCCGGCCUCCACGUUGCCGGCUGGAUGAGACUUAAUUUUUGUCCUCUGUAGUUGCGCGCCUCACCUUUAAGAUGACCUUAAAGGCGCUGUGUUUCGUUGGACAAUCGGGGACGUAGCGCACCGGAGUUUUUUUUGUCUGCCGUAGCCACGCACUUUUCCCCUUUAAGAAGGUGGUGAAGAAGCUGUGGCAAUGGGACAUGCCAGGCAGCCUUUGCGCUGGAUUUUGUUUGCCGUAGUUGUGCGCGUCGCCUUUAAGAGGGACUUAACAGCGCCACAUCGUUGGAGAGGCCUGGCCGCCUUUGGGCUGGGCUUCUUCUGUGUGUCUCUCCCCUUUAAGAGGGUCUUGAAUCUCAGCAAGAGUUUUUAAGGUUCCACCUCCAAGGAGAAUUUGUUAGUUGCCCUCCAUGUUUGGACACUUCACCUUUAAGGGGGUAUUAAAGGCCUCCUCCAAGCCAAAGCCUGUUUUAUUUGCCUGCCACACUUCUGCCCCUCACCUUUAAGAGGGGCUUAAAGGUGCCAGCUUGGAACUCUUUGAACAGGCGGCUGAUGGAUGGCUUUAAACUGGAUUUAAUAUUUGACCGCUGCAAUUGUGUGCUGCACCUUUAAGAGGAUUUUAAAGGCAUGGACUUCGAUCGAGCCUUAUUAUUUGUCCUCCACAUUUCUUGAAUACACCGACCUGAGAAUGUUAUACUGAGACACUGUCUGGCUUUGUCCUGGACUCAGUAUUUACCCUCCACACCUCUGCACCUCACCUUUAAGAGACUCUUAAAGUCACCAGCUGGGGAACGAGUUAAUCAGCUACUUCAGCGCUUCGACCUGGAAGCUUUAUUUCUUUAUUUACUGUCCUCCAGAUUUGUGCACUUUUCCUUGCACGAGCUCUCAAAGGUACUGGGCUUCCCCUCCUCCAUAUUUGUGCCCCUCACCUUUACGACGCUCCGUGGGAGCCGGCGGCCGAGGCAGGACGUGGCCUGCCACAUGUGGGCACCUCCCCUUUAAGAGCAUGUUAAAGGCACGACUCCGGUCACAUUGUCUUUGGCUAGCUUUUUUCCUGGAAAAAUGAGUAUUUGCCCUCCCACGCUAUGAUACGCAGCGUUAAAAAGCUCUUAAAGAGACAGAGCUGGGGCCCGUUGAGUGGGUUACUUUGUAAACCUCCUAUUUAAGAGGCUCGUAAAGGCAUCAAGUUGGGACACCCUCCCCCACAGGCCAUUGUGAUUUGUCCAUGUGCACCUCCCCUUUAAGAACAGCUAAAAAGGCACCAACUGGACAACCUGCCCUAGCAAACCACCCCUUUAAGAGAGAGAGACUUAAAGGCACAGGCGGAUUCUCCCCUCUGGGUCUCUGCUUUAAUUUCCCAGGGACCCCCCCACCUCGGAUGGGCU